AUGGUGAUUUUCGGUGUGGAUGAAGAGAAAUUUGGCUGGUUUCAAGGUUUAUAUGCUUAUGUAGUAAAAAUUCGCAACAACUCUCAUUUGGAUGAGCUCUGCAAAAAGGAACGGCUCAGCGAGGCCAUCUUAGCUCUGGAUUCCAUUGCCGGACGUGGGUGCAAGGUAAAACCAAAAACCUAUAUCAAUUUACUUCAGCAUUGCAUUGAUGAGAAUUGUGUCAAGUUGGGUCGGGAGUUUCAUGCUCGGAUGGGUCUUGUUGAGUAUGUUGACCCUUUUGUUGAGACUAAAUUAGUGAGUAUGUAUGCGAAAUGUGGGUACUUGGAUGAUGCACGCAGAGUGUUCGAUGAAAUGCGUGAAAGAAACUUGUUCACUUGGUCAGCUAUGAUCGGUGCAUGCUCUAGAGCAAAAACGUGGAAGGAAGUUUUAGAGCUUUUAUUGUUGUUGAUGAAAGAUGAUGGUAUUGUUCCUGAUCAAUUCCUUUUGCCUAAGAUAUUGGAGGCUUGUGGGAAUUGCAAGAAUUUUGAGACAACCAAAUUGAUACAUUCGAUGGUGAUUCGAUGUGGUUUCAGUGGUGCUAUUAGAGUCAACAAUUCAAUCUUGGCUGUUUAUGCAAAAUAUGGGAAACUGGAUUGGGCUAAGAGGUUUUUCGAGAAGAUGGACAAGAAGGACAUUGUCACUUGGAAUGCAAUUAUAUCUGGGCUUUGCCAUACUGGUCAGAUUGAAGAAGCUACUAAACUUCUUGAUGAAAUGAGAGAGGAAGGGACUGAACCAGGUUUGGUAACUUGGAACAUAUUGAUUGCUAGUUGUAAUCAAUUAGGGAAAACAGAUGUUGCAAUGGGAUUGAAGAAAGAGAUGGAAAGUACUGGGAUUUCUCCUGAUGUAUUUACUUGGACUUCUAUGACCUCAGGGUUUGCUCAUAAUGACAGGAGAGGUGAGGCAUUAAAUUUGUUCAAUGACAUGAUUUCAGAAGGAGUCAACCCGAAUGAAGUUACGAUUACAAGUGCAGCUUCAGCUUGUGCAUCUCUAAGAUCACUCAACAAAGGGCUGGAAAUCCAUGCUUUUGCAAUUAAGAAUGGUCUUAUAGAUAAUGUUCUAGUUGGAAAUUCACUUGUUGACAUGUAUUCCAAGUGUGGGUGUAGAAAUAUCUUUGUAAAUACAUUUUGUACAGCUAAUUUUAGGUUGUAA